CCGUGCUCACGUGGGGGCCAUUGCACGAGCGAUCACGAGCGUAUGCAAAAUGGCUCACGUUUCUUCUGCCCGGUCUCCAUGUUCGAGCAUGCUACGCGCCGAGUGAGAACAUCGCACGUCUUCGCAGCGUCCAGGCAGGCCGAUGACAGCUGGAAAUGUCUUCUGCCGCUGAAGGAACUAGUCGCUCUCACGUCAGCGCUGCAUCGGGGCGGCAAGCGCCCGGCCCAGGGGAUGCUCCGGUGGACGAACGUACGGUUGGACUGGUCAAGCUUUUCAUGUCAACCCUGCUGCCCGACUUCUCCCCCAGGGGCGCUGUGUACGCUGUCGCCCUCGUACUCGCCGUCUGCUACGCCGGGAUCGUCCUCGCCGGAGUCAUCAGGAAGGCGCCCUCGUCCCCGUUCCGCUGCGACGACCCGUCUCUGCAGGCAGCCCAGGAGAAGGACGUCCUGCCCACAGCUCCUUACGUUGCGCUCGUGUUCGCCUCUUCGGUGACCGUGGUGUUCGUGAACGAGUUCCGCCGAGCCUCCGCCAGCUGGACGGAGGCCACUUACUGGACAGCCAGGCAUCUGCGAAGAUUCUUCGUUGGCUUCGUCGUCACGGGUGACAUUGCCCACACCGUCCAGCUAGCCGUCAACGCCAAGAGACCGUACUUCAUCGACGCCUGCCAACCCGCUGUGAAGCUGCCCAACGGGACAGAGGUGCUCGUUUGUUCGGGAAUACCGGUGGCCCCGGAAUCGCAGUCAGGUGUUCACAGGCGUAGCGAGUCGGAACUUUCCCCUGGAGACGGCGAUGAAGAACCUUAUUCGGAGGGGAACGGCGACGCAAAUGACAGAGCGAUUACCGCGCUGGCCGAGAACUCUAACGUCACCAACGCUCCCCGUUCGCCAGCUGUGUGGACGGUACAGCAGCCGGGCGGAGCGCCGCGACCUUCUCCAGAAGGUCACGUCGGUGAUUCGUACAUCGCCUUCGGCACGAACGGCGCUUCAGGCGCUGGCGGUGACGCCCGCUACUACUAUCGUCACGUUGACCUCAUCAGCGAUUGGGUACCGCCUACGGGUGACGUCACAGACUACCGAUGCACGGGACCCAAGGGCCGCAAGUCAGGGGCGUCGUUUCCCUCGGGCCACGCCACCGUCGCGGCCUUCGCGGGCGUUUUCAUGUUAGGCUACGGUAUCCGGAGGUUCGCGAACUUCCACCAGCCGUUUCGAGCCGCGUUUCUGGCUUGGGCUCUGGGCACGUGCGUCUGGCUGGUGUGCGCGCAGAGGGUGGUGCAGCACAAGCACUUCCUGAUCGACGUCGUGUGCGGUUCGGCGUUCGGCUCUGCCGUGGCUGCCGCCUUCGUGCUGUGGCCCUACGAAGACGACAAGGAUCGACACGCCAAUGCGGGACGAUAGUGUCCACUAGCCUGCACUGCGAACUUUGCCUUCGCGUUUGCUUUAAGAGGCCGCGUAUGGUCGUCCACUUUUAUUAUUUUAUUCUUCUUGCGCCAUACCUUCUCUUAUUUUCUUAUUUUCAAUCUUACGAUGAUUCGCUUUUUUUUAUUCUUAGUUAUAGUUGGCAUGGCUGCUUAACCACACAAA